UUCCGGGUCCCGCAAGACGCUACGACCUCCGUCCCAUUGUUUGCAUUUUAGCUCGUGAUGAGGACGGCGGAGUAAAAGGCGCCAGUGUUUGGUGUCCUUCGAGAGAGAAACAUCCCAAACUGCUGCAUGAGGUUUUCAAACCUGAAACGGAGCUACAAAGAGCAGGUCUGUUUUCUUUCUCCGACCGGAAACGCGUUUACUGCUGUUGUUGCAGGGAGUCCGCGCGCUAAGCUAACGUUAGCCGCAGCUAGCUCCUGCUAACGUGUGUUAUUGGAUAUGUUGUGAGCUUCGUAUUUUUUUCGAAUUACAGGUCGGGGAGAAGUUGAGGAGAGACACUUCAACAUGGACUCUGAGAGGAAACUGUCAGCUGACCAGUGGAGAGAUGUCCAGAAAGUGAUUGUUGGUGAAGAACAUCAGCAGGAGUGGAGCACCAGUCUGGACCAGGAGGUCACAAAGCCCCCACACAUUAAAGAAGAAAAGGAGGAACUCCGGAUCAGUCGGGAUGAAGAGAAGCUUCAAGGGCUGGAGGAGGCGGAUAUCACCAAGUUCACAUUCACUCUGGUCCCUGUGAAGAGUGAAAAUGACGAAGAGAAACCUAUGUUCUCACAGCUUCAUCUAAGACAAACUGAAGAGAUCAAAACAGAAGCUGAUGGAGAGGACUGUGGAGGACCAGAACCAGCCAUGAAAUCAGAUCCAGAUACACAUUUACAACCAGCUACUGAUGACAAGACUGGAGAUGCUUCUGAACCUGGGACUGAUGACAGUGAUGAUUGGAAGAAGACCAGAGAACCUCAGUCAGGUUUAAAUUCUGUGAAUAAUGAUACAUUUCCUGUUAGUGAUUCGAGAUGUACUACUGGUGAGAAAGCAUUUAGCUGCUCAGAGUGUGGGAAAAGAUUUGGCACCAAUGGAGAUGUGACGAGGCAUAUGAGAUCACAUACAGGAGAGAAACCAUUUAGCUGCUCAGUCUGUAAGAAAGCUUUUACAGUGAGUGGAAAUUUACAGAAACACAUGAGAAUCCACACAGGAGAGAAACCAUUUAGCUGUGCUGAGUGUGGGAAAGCAUUUGGCACCAAUGGAGAUGUGAAAAGGCACAUGAGAAUCCACACAGGAGAGAAACCAUUUAGCUGCUCAGUCUGUAAGAAAGCUUUUACAGUGAGUGGAAGUUUACAGAAACACAUGAGAAUCCACACAGGAGAGAAGCCAUUUAGCUGCUCAGUCUGUAAGAAAGCUUUUACAGAGAGUGGAAAUGUGACGAGGCACAUGAGAUCUCAUACAGGAGAGAAACCAUUUAGCUGCUCAGUCUGUAAGAAAGCUUUUACAGAGAGUGGAAAUUUACAGACACACAUGAGAAUCCACACAGGAGAAAAACCAUUUAGCUGCUCUGAGUGUGGGAAGAGUUUUGGCACCAAUGGAGAUGUGAAAAGGCACAUGAGAUCUCAUACAGGAGAGAAACCAUUUAGCUGCUCAGUCUGCAAGAAAGCUUUUACAGUGGGUGGAAAUUUACAGACACGCAUGAGAAUCCACACAGGAGAGAAACCAUUUAGCUGCUCUGAGUGUGGAAAAAGAUUUGGCACCAAUGGAGAUAUGAAGAGGCACAUGAGAUCGCAUACAAGAGAGAAACCAUUUAGCUGA